GGAGGUGGCAGGCAUUCCUCUCACAUGCCAUUCUUGAUAGCCAACUACCAGGAGGAAGGAUACAAAAAAGUGGAAAGCAUUUGAUACAUAAAUACUGAGGAAAGAAAUGUUGGACUGCACGUUAUACCUCGCCACCAAAAUUCCUUUAAUACUACAGCAUGUCUAUAAACUUUGGAAAGUGUAACUAUAGCCAUAAAUUUUUGCCUUUAUGCUACACGCGUUAUGUUUGUACAGCCGAACAAUUACUAUAACUGAGCAACAGCGCCGAAUCUGAAGCACUGCAGUAAUGCUAUGGGAGGCGGAGCUUCAGUCUCCCACUGCAGAGAUUACGCUGCUCUACUUUUGGCGCGCAGACCUUCCCGCUCCUUACCAGUUGCGCGUUUCUUCACACUGUGAGCCAUGAGGCCGAGGGGAAAGCUGCGACGUGCUAGGGAGAAGGGACCCCUAGAUUUGGAGGUGUUGGCCACAGCUCUUCCUGGUAGACAAAUGCCAAGUAAGGGUGGCCAGCGCAUACUCCUUCACGUUCUCUCAUACAUAGAGUUUCUUCGGGGGAGAAUUCAGGAUGAACAAAAGAGAUUUAUUUCUAAAACUAGUCCACAAGUCUGUUCUUCCUGCAAUAUCACACCCAUGCAACAAAAAUCCAACAGACAGCCUCAAAAACCUAGAAAGUGUGGGUUCCUGACAGUGCAUUACAGACCUGCUCUGAAGUCACACCACUCUUUGUCUGUAAGUGCAUACAAAAGCACAAAAAUAUGGAGCCCAGAGAGGGACAGAGAGUCCAGAAGAAGAUUCUUUGAAGGUCUUGAUGCACGGUUUGGUGUGGACUUAAAGGAUAAACAAAGACAAAAAUUGGUCCCAUAUCAUUCACCCUCAUCAUCUGAUAAUGGUGAUAAUGGUCCAUGGCUUCUGUCCAUCUCGCUAUCACCAGGUUGCCCACAAACUAUCAACCUUCAGCAAACACCAACAACUACUGUUGUCCAACUUGGUCUUAGUCCAUCUCUACUUUCACCACCCACCGAACAUUUUCAGCACAACAUUUCUUCUCCAGUGUUAUUUGAGGAUGUCCUUCUUGGCUCCAGCUGUUCCCCUGAUACUCAGAAGUCAAUGCAUCUUUCAACCUUUAGUAUUGAUCACAGCUACCAAUCUCAAAGUGAAAUUAGCACAGAUACUAGAGACUGGAGACACCUUUAUCAGUCUCAGCGUGACAACAUUUCAGAGUUUUGUAGUGCUGGAAAGCACAGACACCAGGGAGGCAGAAGAGGAAGAAGAGCCAGACGAAUGCUGGUAUACACCUCUUUGUCCAGUGAAGAUUCAAAUCCAUCUUUUUCUCCACGUGCAAAGCGCAGAGGAAGUGGAAGGAGACACAAAUCGGGACGUAAAUGCACCCCUCAACCGCAACAUUUUAGAAAGAAAUGUGUGAAUGGAUUUAUCAUGUUUUGCAGAUUAAACAGACGUCCUUAUCUAAGUGCUAACCCUGGCACCGCAUCUACAACAGCUACAAAGGAGCUGGCAGAACUAUGGAGAGAAAUGUCAGCACAGGAGAGACGUCCUUACUGUGUUAAAGCGAUUCAGUACAGUAUCUUGCAUGGCCGAAUGGUUAAACAAUGCUCAAGUGGACUGUCACAGGAUAAUCUCUCACCGCCAAAACCUCUUUCUGUGCUGCUGGCAAAGAGAAAUGUGCAUGCUUUUACACAGAAAUAACACUGAUUUAUAAAAUAAUUAAGUUAUCUUAGUUUUUCCCCCAAAACACAUUAACUGACAAAUUUAAAAACCCUGCAACUAUUACUAAUGUCUACUCAACCAUCUGUUCAUUAAAUGAUAAUAGAGGUUUCACCUUUGCAUUAUGAACUAGCCGAUGCAACAGUGUAUCUUUGUUUCUCUUAGCUACAGAAGUGGAUUGCUGCAGUGAAAGGAUGGAUUAGAGAAAGACAAGUGCACCCUAAUCUUAUAUUUAAUACUUCACCAGGACAUACUAUCACAAACUUCUGCACCCUUUUUGAAGUUUUGGACAUUGUUGUCCUUUUAAAGUGUUUUUAAAGUUGCAUUGUAGCUUUUUAACUAGUACUAUAUUAAAGUUUACAUUUUGUUAAGUACACUUAGUAGAUAUCACUGCGAAAGUUCAAUAUAAUUGUUUAUCUAUUUAAACUCAAUACAGCAUAUGCUUUAGAGUGAUGAAUCCCUUCAAAGUAAGGCUAAUAAAUAAUAUUUAAAGUA